AUGUCGGCAGCUAAUGUUGGAAAUUUGACUAGCCCAGGCAACGAUGUUGACACGUCGUUGACCUUGGACUUUAACUCAAAAGCAGUAUUGUCACAAAGAAUUUGCUCCUUCUCGCAGCACUUCUGUGGUUGGGGACAGACCAUAUAUGGGUGGACUAAUGGAGCUGAAUAUAAUGACCAUUCUCCAUUUGCUUCAUUGGAUUAUGAGACCCAGGUUUCUAACCUUGAGUCUUCUGUAAAGAAGAUGACAGCAAUGUUGCAGGUCCAGCUAGAAGUUCUGGAUAAGAAAAUUGAAAAUGGUAUUGGGCUUGUGAAGAGGGACUUGAAAAAGGAAAUUGAGGAGAGGACUGUUCUUAUUGAGAAUGAAUUGAAGGAGCUGGAAGGUAGAACCAACAGUUUGGGCAGGUCAUUGGGUGAGCUGAAAGAAAUGGGACUUCUGUCGAAGGAAGAAUUUGAGAGCUUUUUGGAUGAGUUGAAAAAGAGUAGAAAUUUUGAAGGUAGUGGUAAUGAUGUCAGUUUGGAUGAAAUAAGGGUUUUAGCAAAGGCUAUUGUUGAAAAAGAGAUUGAGAAGCAUGCUGCUGAUGGGAUAGGAAGGCCUGAUUAUGCUUUAGCUUCUAGUGGUGCUAGGAUUGUUGGACAUUCCGAACCCUGUGUUUUUGGAAGACCUUCCAGUUGGCUUAGAGUCCCGGGUAGGAAUUAUAUCCAUCAGAAUGCUAAGAAAAUGUUGGAGCCAAGUUUUGGAGAGCCUGGCCAGUGUUUUGCUUUGAAAGGAAGCACUGGGUUUGUAGAUAUCAAACUCAGAACAGCAGUUUUUAUUAAGGCAAUCACAUUAGAGCAUGUCUCUGAGAGUGUUUCUUAUGACAGAUCUAGUGCCCCGAAGACAGGUCGGGUGUUUGGAUGGAUUGAAUCAGAGGUCACUGACGCGAUCAACGAAACUCAGUCAAUGGUGCAGCUCUUAGAUUUCGAAUAUGAUCUUGAGAAGAACAAUGUGCAAACAUUCGACAUAGAUCCUCAUACUAUGACUGUUGUUGACACUGUUCGCUUGGAGGUCACCUCCAACCAUGGAAACUCAAUUCAGACAUGCAUCUAUCGGCUCAGGGUGCACGGUUUUGAGGCCAAUCCUGUCAACAAGGUGCUUGCAUCACACUGAAGAGGCUUAAACCUUUUAAUGUUAACCAUCCGACCCGCAAAACCGAUAAAAUUUUGUCGCCGGAUGUUCUUUCACUGGCUUGGUGCAGACGCGUUUGUAGUGUAAUGGGAUGAUUGGAAUUUGUCAUGUUUUUUUAUUUUCAUCUGAGUAUUAGUUAGUGUUUUUGAACAGAAGUAUGUAGACUAUCAUUGAAGAAAAUUAGUUAUAUUUUUUUUCCC